GUGGCCCAUGUAACCCAGCCCAACCCAACUAACCCUAACACGUUACUCUCCUUCUCACCUUCUGGAAUGAAACCCUAAACAAAUCAAACAACGGCACUCUCUCUCCACCACCAGAGGUCAAGAUCCAAACCACCGCAGACGAACCCAUAUUCUCAUCAGACAAAGAUGGUGACCAAGCUUAGGUGGGGAGAGCUCGAAGAAGAUGAUGGCGAAGACCUUGACUUUCUCUUGCCGCCUCGUCAGGUCAUUGGACCCGAUGAGAACGGAAUCAAGAAGGUUGUUGAAUACAAAUUCAAUGACGAGGGUAAUAAGGUUAAGAUCACCACUAUCACAAGAACUAGAAAGCUAGCCAAUGCUCGUCUCAGCAAGCGGGCUGUAGAGCGUCGCUCCUGGCCCAAGUUUGGUGACGCGGUGAAGGAAGAAGUUGGCAGCAAGCUCACCGUGGUAUCCACUGAGGAGAUCAUCCUCGAGCGACCUAGGGCUCUCGGUAGCAAGGGGGAAGAAGCUAAGAAUUCCGGGGAUCCAUUGAGUGCGAAAGGCGGUGCUGUUCUCAUGGUUUGUAGAACAUGUGGUAAGAAAGGUGACCAUUGGACUUCGAGAUGCCCUUACAAGGAUCUCGCAGCCCCAUCUGAAGUGUUUGUUGAUAAUAAGGCUGGUCCAUCCGAUGGAGCGGCUCCAGGAGCCGCUCCUAGUUCAGGGAAGGGAACUUAUGUUCCUCCUGGUAUGAGAGGAGGAGCAGUGGCAGAGAGAGGCGGCACUGAUAUGAGACGAAGGAACGAUGAGAACUCUGUUCGGGUCACAAACCUUUCGGAAGAUACUCGUGAGCCUGACUUGCUUGAGCUCUUCCGACCUUUCGGUGCUGUGAGCCGUGUUUACGUUGCUGUGGAUCAAAAGACUGGAAUGAGCAGAGGUUUCGGGUUUGUUAACUUUGUUAAUCGCGAAGAUGCUCAGCGAGCCAUUAAUAAACUCAAUGGAUAUGGUUAUGAUAAUCUUAUCCUUCGAGUCGAAUGGGCUACCCCAAGAACAAACUAGCUAGAGUACUAACUACUGAGAAAAAUUUUGAACAAGAAAGAAGUUAUUAAAUGAUGUUUGUUCAAGAUUUUUGUGCUAUCUUUUUUGGUUUAUUACAUUUUGUUCUACUGAUGAUUUUGCAUUGUUUUUGUUGAAUCAAUUUGAGUUUGAGAUGUAUUAUAGAUGACAUUGUAUGUAGGUUUAAUGCAUUGCAAAUCAAAUUUUAUAAAGAUUUGUUUGGUUCCCUUAUGUAA